AUGGGGCCGUGUCCUGGGCCAGCAUGGUCGCGAAGUCUGGCCCCAAGAGACAAUGUUACCCCACUCAAGAACAAUCUGACUACUAUAAAUAAACUUGCUGCAAAAGUCACUGAAGCCAUCUUUGGGCUGCCCAUCCAGGCCGAGGCUGUGUCAAGUGAGACACACUGGAACAACCUCAGAAAAGCAGUCUACUCUUCUGCUAAAGAAACGCUGGGUCACCCACAGCGCCAUCAUCAGGACUGGUUUGAGGACAACGACGAAGAAAUCCAUAACCUUUUAGCCGAAGUACGCCAGUGUCGUCAACGUGUGCUUUCUGGGCAGGCGACCCGCCAAGCCACCAACAAACUCAAAGCAGCUAAAGCUCAGCUUCAGACAGCUAUCUGCAAAAUGAAGAACGACUGGUGGUUGGACAAGGCUGCUGAGUUGCAAGACUUUGCCGAUGCAGGAAACUCAAAAGCUUUCUUUGAUAGUUUGAAGGCUGUCUACGGCCCGAGGCAGAGAGGUUCCAACCCAGUUCUUAGUGCUGAUGGGUCACAACUCCACUACACACCCAGUGACAUUCUGUCCAGGUGGCGGGAGCACUUUCAAGGGCUCCUCAAUCGACCAUCUACAGUGGACAACAGCGCUAUUAGCAGGUUAAAUCAACAUCCCACUCGCAGUAAUCUAGACAUCCCACCUACUGAGGCUGAGCUCACUGUUGCUCUGAAACUGCUGAGCAAUGGCAAAGCUCCUGGUGCUGACGGCAUCCCUGCUGAGGUUUUCAAAAAGGGAGGCCAUGCACUUCAUCACGAGCUCCUUGUUCUCUUCCAAACCUACUGGGAAGCCGGCAAUCUACCACAGGACUUCCGUGAUGCAACAAUCAUCAAACUCUUCAAACAUAAAGGUGACCCCCGUGACUGCAGAAACCACAGGGGAAUUUCACUGCUAUCAACUGCAGGCAAAAUCCUCGCCAAAGUCGUCCUGAUGCAACUACAUAAAAUAUCCAAAGACGUACUGCCAGAAAGCCAGUCCGGUUUUCGUCGAGGGCGUGGUACCGUAGACAUGAUAUUUGCCUUCAGGCAGCUCCAAAGCAAUGGAGCAGAACAUGCCACUAUAUGCAGUGGCUGUGUUCUAGCCCCAACGUUGUUUGCCAUGUAUCUCGCUGCAAUGCUGGAAAACAUGCCAUCAAAUUUGAACAAAGGCAUAUUUAUCCGUACACGAAUGGAUGGUGACCUUUCCAACUUAUCGAGACUGUGGUCUCACCGGAAAAUCCUGAUGCAAUGUAUCCGUGAACUACUAUAUGCCGAUGACUCUGCACUUGUAGCUCACUCGCUUGAGGACAUCCAGGAAAUAAUGGAUGCCUUCGCAAAAUCAUCAGCUGAGUUUGGCCUUACAAUCAACGCCCAAAAGACUGAGGUACUUUACCAACCACCACCUGGCCAACCUCAUGUUCCCACAAAUGUGCUGUUGAACAGGACCCCACUGAAUGACGUGACUAUGUUUCGUUAUCUAGGUUCAAUGAUGACAGCGGGUAACCACCUAGAUGCAGAGCUGGACUGUCGCAUCAAGUCUGCGUCAGCCACUUUCGCGAGACUAAAGGAUCGAGUGUGGAGUCAGAAAGAUCUGAAAAGAAGCACAAAGAUGAGGGUAUACCGGGCUGUGGUCAUGCCAACCCUAUUGUACUCUGCUGAGACUUACACACUUUAUCGGACAUAUCCAUCGGCUAGAAGUGUUUCACCAGCGUCACCUGCGGACUAUCUUGGGUGUUUCCUGGAAGGACUACGUGACGAAUGUUGA